AUGACCGCGAGAUUUAUCGUGUUGCGUGUUGGUUGACGUCUUCGGCUUCCAACUCCGUCCAGUUCUUCUCUCGGGACCAUCAGGGUUUUUAUUUUGGAGAAGAUUGAUCGGAUGAAAAUGAGACGAGAGGAAGGGUUGGUGGAUCGGGAGAGGGAGAAAGAGAAAGAUUUGGAUCCGCUUCUUGGAAAGCCGGUGAGCGACUCAUCGGAGGGAGGCUCGGAUGAGAUUAAGGAUGAGGAGAUCGACUCGUCUUCUGCUCCUUGUUGCCGCAUCUGUCUCGAGUGCGAUGGGGAGCCCGGGGAUGAGUUAAUAUCUCCGUGCAUGUGUAAAGGCACACAGCAGUUUGUUCAUCGUAACUGCCUUGAUCAUUGGCGCUCAGUUAAGGAAGGAUUUGCUUUCUCUCACUGUACAACUUGUAAGGCACAAUUCCAUCUAAGAGUCGAGUUACUGGAAGAUAACUCAUGGCGCAAGAUCAAAUUCAGGAUUUUUGUGGCUAGAGAUGUCCUCCUUGUGUUCCUGGCGGUUCAAACUGUAAUUGCUACCAUUGGUGGUGCUGCAUAUUUAUUGGAUAAAAAUGGGGAUUUUAGGAAUUCCUUCAGUGAUAGUUGGGACCGUAUACUAUCAAAACAUCCAAUACCUUUUUACUACUGUGUAGGUGUUGUGGUAUUCUUUGUAUUCCUGGGUUUUCUAGGGUUGAUAUUUCAUUGCGCAUCGUUCAAUGGCAAUGAUCCAUGCAUGUCUGGAUGCCGCAACUGUUGCUAUGGGUGGGGCAUUCUAGACUGCUUUCCUGCUUCCAUGGAGGCAUGCUUUGCUCUAGCGGUCAUCUUUGUUGUCGUGUUUGCCAUUCUUGGUGUUGCUUAUGGCUUCCUUGCAGCAACCAUGGCUAUGCAAAGGAUAUGGCAGAGGCAUUAUCACAUACUCACAAAGAGGGAGCUUACAAAGGAAUAUGUUGUAGAAGAUCUCCAUGGGCAGUACACACCACCAAGGCUUACUCCAGAGCAUGAGGAGAAACUGAAACUGCUCAAGCUUCUGUAAAUAUUGUAUGAAUUCAAUGAUUCUGCUUUCUUUGGUUUUCUGAGAAUUGCUUAUGGCUUCAGAACUCGGAAGUCCAGAAAAAGGAAAUGGCAAUGCUGCACCGCUUCAAAAUGCAUUAGUAAGCUCAUCUGCUUAGUAUAUCCUUAUGGUUUAGUCAGCGACCUCUGCGUAGUUCUGUAAGGCUGUUAAGUUUAGCUCAUGAAUUUAUUGCCUGCGUGUACAAAAUUGGCUUGAACUUGAUUCACUUGUUGCUAUAUUAAAGGUGUGCGACUCCACGAGUCUACCCGAUACGUGUUUACAGUUUACACAACAGGUCCAUGUUUGGAUUGAAAGUUUGAUGGAAAUAAGCACUUUAUUAGUAAAACAA